AUGGAAAGUGAUGAAGUAUCAACAGCUGAUCCGGAUCCAGAAAAUAAAAUUCUUCUUGAACCUUAUGAAUACAUACGAACGAUACCGGGUAAACAAAUUCGCCCGAAGUUGAUUAAAGCAUUUAAUCUUUGGCUUCAUAUACCCGAAGAUAAACUUCUUGUUAUCGGAGAUCUCGUUGAAAUGCUUCACAAUGCAUCAUUACUUAUUGAUGACAUACAAGAUAAUUCGAAAUUACGUCGCGGUUCACCUGUUGCACAUAGUAUCUAUGGUGUGCCAUUGACAAUCAAUGCUGCAAAUUAUGUUUAUUUCUUGGCUAUGCAAAAAGCUCUCACAUUGACACAUCCAGAUGUUACACAAAUUUUUGUUGAUCAAAUGCUUGAUUUACAUCAUGGUCAAGGCAUGGAAAUAUGGUGGCGCGACAAUUUUGUAUCACCGUCUGAAGAUGAAUAUCGCCAAAUGGUAAUGAGAAAAUGCGGUGGUCUUUUUAAUCUUGGCGUUAAACUUAUGCAAUUAUUUGCGCCAAUUGAAAUACGUGAUACAUAUAAUUUUGAUAGAUUAUGUCAAUUAUUGUCACUUUUGUUUCAAAUACGCGAUGAUUAUUGUAAUUUAAUAUCCGAAGAAUAUGCAAGUAAUAAAUCGUAUUGUGAAGACUUAACUGAAGGAAAAUUUUCAUUUCCGAUUUUACAUGCCGUCAAUACACGUGAGACAGACACACGUAUUAUACAUAUAUUGAAGCAACGUACACAAGAUGUUGAAUUAAAACGUUAUUGUGUUCAGUUAUUACAUGAUUUUGGUUCAUUUGAAUAUACACGUCAAAUAUGUGAUGAAUUAGCGAAACAAGUCUACGAUGAAAUUGAUGCUUUAGGUGGUAAUGAUUAUUUAGAAAAUAUCGUUCGAGGACUAAUGGAAAUAUUUCGUGCCGAUGAUCCUACUGCAGGGAACGGUAAUGGUGAAGGUAUUGAAGAAUUUGACGCAUUUGUAAGCGAUCAAAUUGAUGAUGAAGAACAAGAAUCUUAUGAAGAAAAUUCUAGAAACUAUAAAAAGAUAACACCGAUUGCUAAUGCCAAUGGUAGAUAUCGUACUUAA